AUAAAAUUUAAGAUGAGUUAAGAAAUCUUCAAAAGUGAUAAUUAGAAAGUACAGCUAUUAAAUGAAGGUCCUUAGAGUAUGAGAUUAGUUACUUCAGAAACUAAAUAAAUAAUCACCUAACAACCAGUGAUUGAAAUUUCAUAACAAAAAACACUAAUAUAAACCUAAAACGAAGCCCCAUUGAAACAAAUAUAAUAAUUGCCACCCCCAAGGAUUUAAAGCCAAAAUGUUUUAAGACAGAACAUGUAAAUACCAUAGGUGUCAUAUCCCGGCACCUAUAGUGUACAACAAAAUUGCUAAUAAGCCCCUCCCUUGUGCAUGAACUUAGUAGUUGUAUCAAAGGAAGAGAUAGAGACUCCUUGGAGAUUGGAAUGUGAAUAUCUUUAAUCAAUAAUUGCUGAUUUGGAAAGGAGAAAGGAAGGCAAAGUAGUUGAGAAGGUAGUAGUGGAGAAGGUGACUGACAACACUCGUGUAGAGUAACUGGAAUCCCAAUUACGGUCUUUGAGAUCGGAGAAUGAAAAUCUUAAAAGUUAAAUGAUGUAGAUGAGAAAUAAUUAUGAAUCUCAGAUAUAGAGUUUACGAGGGGACAUUUCAUUACACAGUGCCAAUGCUGCAGAUGCAAAUUCAAUGUAGGCUGAGUUCUUUGCAUUGAGAACUCAAUUAGAAGACUAGAUUGCAGGACUAAGAAGACAAUUAGCUGAUCUAGAACUUCUUUAUGCUCAAUCGCAAAGUGACAAUGAAAGAUUAAAACAAUUAAAUUAAAACAAGGAUGCGGAGAUCCAACAACUAAGAUUAUAAUUAUCUCAAUUGUAGACAAGUGCUCAGGAUACAAGCUAAUUGAGGGACCUAGAAAAUUAAUUGAGAUUGGCCAGAGAUGAAAUUUCCAGAUUAGAAAGAUAAUUGCAAUAGGCCAACCAAGAUAUUUUGAAUUGGAAGAACAAGUACACCACAAUAGAAUAGGAAUCCUACAGCAAGAACAAUGAACUCAUUAUGUAACUGAGAGAUUUAGAGAAUAAAUUAGCCAUGGUUACAGUUGAAUUAGAUAGGUUAUAAGCACAAUUGUAAAGUAAAGAUUCAGAACUUGAAGAUUGGAGAUAUAGAUACACUCAAUUGGAAUCACAAGGAACUACUGUGAUUCAAGAGAAAGUGACAUAUUUAUCAUAGGAAGUCGAAGUCUGGAAAUAAAAGUUCAUUAAGACUAAUCACGAAUACAACAAGUGUUAAGAAGAGUUGACUAUGUGUUAGGCUGAAUUGGAAUCCCUCAAGAAGAGUUAAUAGAAGAAAGAAGUGGUCGUGACCUCAAGAACUGUCACAUCAAGAACAGGUAACACUUUGUCUGUUACAGGAGGAACAACUGGAUCUUAAUCCUAAAUAAGAAGAACCGGUUAGUAAGAGUGA